GCAGGUUUAGCAGUCUGCCAAAAAAGUGCAUGGGACAAAGCUGCCUAUGCCAACCCUGCACUGAUGCGACGUAGUUUCCUUGAAGAUGCUCUUGCUGCGCACAUAUCAUGGCCCUCUUGGAGAGCAAGCCAUGAGAAGUUCAUCUUCGUCCAGGAUUUGGAUAUUGGAAAACCUGCUGGUCUCCUUGCCAGGCCUCGUGCCACUUGCUUCGAAAGUGCUGCCGCUUUGCGCGCAGCAAAGGAAAUGCAGAAGACGUUGGAUGCUGAAGCAGACCAGGCCAGCCGGUUGAGUGCGGCAGCCGAUGAGGCUGACAGAAGUGCUCGUGAUCCAGACGACAUGGCGCGCCAGGAGCAGCACCUGCCAAAGGGAGCCAUUCCAUCUAGAAAGGACUGCCCGGAGAUUCUUUGUGAGAAAUGUCCAGAGCAUUCCUUCUCAAAGGGCUGGGGGGAUCGCGGCAAAGGGCGUGGCAACGGGGCAUUUGAUUUUGAUUUAGCUGUGGCACCAAGGUGUCCGGCUUGCCCUGUCUGUCCAGCUUGCCCCCAUGGCUACAAACAUCCGGGCGCUGCUCCAGGUCAAGGCAGCCCCCCUGCAGCACUUCCAGAACAUCGCAAGAUAGUGUGCAAAGACAUGGACAACAACUGCCCAUAUUGCCCUGCCUGCGAGUGCCUGGUGUGUCCGAAGGAUUGUCCCCCUUGCAUCAAGAGGCCGCCCAAUGAUCCACCAAGUGUAGUCCUGGGCGAUGACGGCGAGCCGCACUCCGCGGACGGAUCACCUAUCAAUCCUUUGGUGCAAGCAAUCAACGAUGAUGUCGCUUCCAACCAAUAAAUCGAAUGAAAUAAAA